ACGAGAGCGAGGCCACGCGGGCAGCCUCGGCCUUGAGGCUAGGCGGACAGAGGACUGUAGAAGUCAGACUGCCCAGCAACUCUGCAGGGCUCGCCAUACGACACGCACACCACCGGAAUGACUGGCGCCAUCAGCUACCACCCCUAUGGCAGCGCGGCCUACCCAUACCAGCUCAACGACCCCGCGUACCGCAAGAACGCCACGCGGGACGCCACUGCCACGCUGAAAGCCUGGCUCAACGAGCACCGCAAGAACCCGUACCCCACCAAGGGCGAGAAGAUCAUGCUGGCCAUCAUCACCAAGAUGACCCUCACGCAGGUCUCCACCUGGUUCGCCAACGCGCGCCGGCGCCUCAAGAAGGAGAACAAGAUGACCUGGGCCCCGAGAAACAAAAGCGAGGACGAGGACGAGGACGAAGGAGAUGCUGCCAGGAACAAGGAGGAGAGUCCCGACAAGGCUCAGGACGGCACGGAGACCUCGGCAGAGGACGAAGGGAUUAGUCUGCACGUCGACUCACUCACGGACCACUCGUGCUCGGCGGAGUCAGAUGGGGAGAAAUUGCCCUGCCGCGCCGGGGAUCCCUUGUGCGAAUCGGGUUCGGAGUGUAAGGACAAGUUUGAGGACCUGGAGGACGAGGAGGAUGAGGAAGACGAGUGCGAGCGGGACCUGGCGCCUCCCAAACCCGUGACCUCCUCGCCACUCACCGGCGUAGAGGCACCCCUGCUGAGCCCGGCGCCCGAAGUCGCGCCGCGCGGUGGCAGCGGUGGCAAGACGCCCCUAGGCAGCCGGACGUCGCCUGGAGCGCCGCCGCCCGCCAACAAGCCCAAGCUGUGGUCGCUGGCCGAGAUCGCCACUUCGGACCUCAAGCAGCCAAGCUUGGGCCCGGGUUGCGGACCUCCGGGGCUACCGGCUGCCGCCGCGCCCGCCUCCUCUGGGGCCCCUCCGGGAGGCUCGCCCUACUCCGCCUCUCCGCUGCUGGGCCGCCACCUCUACUACACGUCGCCGUUCUAUGGCAAUUACACAAACUACGGGAACUUGAACGCCGCGCUGCAGGGCCAGGGCCUUCUGCGGUACAACACCGCGGCCUCCGCACCAGGCGAGACACUGCACGCCGCGCCCAAGGCGGCCAGCGACGCGGGCAAGGCGGGCUCGCACCCGCUGGAGUCCCACUACAGGCCUCCGGGCGGCGGCUACGAGCCCAAGAAAGAUGCCAGUGAGGGCUGUGCGGUUGUUGGCGCAGGCGUCCAGCCCUACCUAUAGGAGGGCCGAGCUCCGCAGUGCAAGUAAGUGGGUUCCGUUGGCGGCGUCCUCCAGCAGCAAUCCUGUGCCCUGUGUAGCGUGGUGUGGUUUUGCUUGUCAAGGGUUGGAAAAUAGUCUGGCUUCCUUCUGGCCUCUUUGCCCUCUAUUUUAUAGAUUUCUUCUUUUCUGCUCAAGUUCUCCUUUAGAGAAUCACUUCUUUAAUCGGGAAUAAACAUACAUUCACACACACACACACACACACACACACACACACACACACACAAAACAUAUACCCCACCACUACUGCUGUUGGUUGAUGAUGGUUGAGAUGAGGCAUCUCUGUGUCAUUGAGACCUGUUUUAGAUUAUAUGAAGGACACCUUGCUUGAUGAGUGAGUUGUGUAGAAACUCAGGCAUUAAAGCCUGUAGUGGAUGUUGUGUUCAGAAUAAGAUUAAAGAGACACUGGCAGGGGCUGGUCUUUCAUAGGACACAGGAGACUCUAUAGUUCUCAUAGCCCAGAGCUGUUACAAACAUUUCCUCUCCUACUAGGCAUCGCGACUAGUCACCCUAAUGAUGGCAAAGAGGCAGAGCCAGUAGACACAAGCUUGUGUUUUUCUUUUGGUAACGUGUUGGUAUGGAAUUGAAGAAUUUGGCAUGAUUUGGUUUUUUCCUUGGUCCACAGGUAGGUGUCACAAUUGCUUUGGAAAAAAAAAAUAAAUAAAAAUCAGGAGGCCAUUCUCUUUCCCCAAGCUCAUAAGUACACAGAUACAAACCCCAGAUGUGGAAAUCUGGACCACAUCUUGUGCCACUGUAAGAGAGGAUGCACACCGCACUACCAACCCACAGACUCUGAGGACCGGACACAUGUUGUUGGGCAUACGUGAAUUUGUUGGCAUAGUAUAGCUUCCCCAUGUGUGUGUGACUUUUGGAAACAAUCUGUUUUUUCUCAGGAUAUCUUGAUCACUUCAUUGCCACGGUAUAUAUUCUAUAGGUGUGAUAGAACUUGCUGUAAAAUUUAUUUGUAAAAACAAAAUAUGUACACGGUAGAACUAACGUGAUUGAAGAACUUGAGUCCUUCAGAAGUGGAAACAAAUUUGAUAUUUAUUUUUAUAAUGAUAUAAAGCUUCUAGUAAUUUAUGCAAGUUGUAUUGCAAUGAAAUCUAAAACUUUUGUAAAUAAAUUCUGCCUGGUUUUUAUUUGAACAUUGCUGGUUAUACAAUCUCUGUUGGUUGUUUAACAUGAAUUCUCUACUAAUUUAUAUCUAAAACUGUAAAUAAAAACAAACUAGCCUACAAGAAAAUGGUGUUCAGGGCUCAUUUUUACUGGAAAAUGAUUUGGGUCGGAGCCCUUUUGGGUCGGAGCCCUACUAGUGGCCUGGUCCCCCUCCCCCAGGUGGUCCUAGCUCAGUUUUUAAAUGAAGAGCCCAGUGAAAUAAGCUUCUUUCUUAUUUGAAAAUUCCAGACAGGAGACAGAAAGAGAGAUAUAAAUGUACAACAGGGAUAUACCGAUGGUUCUAGUUGACUUACACACAAAUGUGUUGCAAGAAAUAAUUCAGACGUUUUUGUUCUCUGAAUAUGCAAAUCCAUACUUAGUGUAAAUUUCUAAAACAUGGAAAAAUAAAAAGAUAUGACACCUCUC